AUGUCGCCUAAACUCUUUUCUCUGUGGUGCCAGACGUCGGACGGGCCUCUCUGUACAGAAUUACACACUUUCCUGGUGAUCAGCCUCUUCAACUGGGCAUCCCUUUUACUAUACUGGCUCAUAUUACUCACACUGACCCUAACUGGUCACUCACGAGGGAACCCUGUAUGGACGAGAUCAGUCAAAGAUGCCUCGUUCUUCUCUCAUCUGCCAUCCGCACCAAACAAUGUCGCUUUUGGUGCGAUGAAGAUUGAUUCCCCAAUCCCGGCUCCCGUGCCUACCUUAUCAGGAGACCCAGUUGUCACGCCGCCAUUAGGCCAGUCUGGGAAUGGUGUCAGCAUGGCACCGGUAGAAGUCGCGGAAUUUGUUGCAAGACGCUCGAAUUGGUUGAAGAAGGCCAUCAAGUCUCCAAGCCGCCCAGGCCCCCCCGGUCCCAAGGGCUACCCCAUCAUCGGCAACGUUCUUGACAUACCCACUGAAAACAUUACGACGGGUUACCAAGAACUCACUCGCAAGUAUGGCGAUUUGAUCUAUCUUGAGGCCUUGGGCCAGCCCAUGUUGAUUCUCUCUUCACUGAAGAGGGUGAAAGAACUCUUCGACGAGCGCUCGGCCAUCUACUCAGACAGACCUCCCUUCCAUAUGAUGACCUUGUGA